GUGGAGCUCGAGGAGCCACUUCCUGUCAGAGAGCAGAUCUCGAGCUUCACUGAAGUCGCGGCGUCAAACACACACUCGUAUACGCGCGCGUCUCGAACCGGCGGCCCGUCAGACAGACACAGACAGACAGAGGGGUAACGAUGGUGCUGAGAGGAGCGUCGGCCGUGGUCGUCCUGCUGUCCGUCACACCUGGGUCAGCGUCAGCGGCGUCGUACGACCCUCAGUACUGCUACAUCCUGGAUGGGAUUCUGCUGCUGUACGGCAUCAUCAUCACUGCCUUCUUCGUGCGCGAGCGAUGCAUCAAGAAGAAGAGCAAAGGGGAUCAAGAUCCUUUGUAUCAGCCCAUUAACAAGAGCGGCCAGUCGGCGUACGACGUCCUGCAGCAGCGCUCGGCUGAAGAAGGAGGAACCAGAGGGGGUCGCAGGCGAGGAGAUGACAGCACUUACACGCCUCUGCAGAAAAAGACUGAGGAGACGUACCGUGAGAUCGAGACGAAGCCAGGCCGCCGCCGUCCCGAUCAGGUUUAUCAGGGUUUGAGCUCCGUGACUAAAGACACGUACGAUUCUCUGAACAUGCAGCAGAUUCACCCGCCGCCGCGCUGAACGCCGAUCCUCCAAACCCACACCGUCAGGAUCACAGUCCAGCACAAUCCUCACGUUUCUCCUUAUUCAUUCCUGCUUUUCAUUUCAGGCCUUUUCCUACAGACUCCAGCGAUUAUUCAGUGUUUUACAGUAACGGUGUUCAGCGUUUCUCCAUCUGAUGAAUUAUAGACUUUCAUAAUGAGCUCAAAAUUCACACACAUGUACAGCAGAGUCAAAUAAAACCAAACAUCACGACAUUCAACUAAUAAUUCACUCAAUGCAGUCACUCGUUUGUCAUUUGCUCACAUUUUACAAUAAGGUUUCAUUUGUGAACAUCAACUAACAAUGAAAAAUAAUGAUCAGAUAUUCAUGUCAAUAUUAAUCUGAACAUUUACCAGUUCGUUUUACAAUCAAAAGUUGUGUUAACACAAAUUACUUAGUGUGAACAUUUGUAUUAGACAUUAACCUUUACAUAAAAAUGUUUAAAAAGUGUAAUGUAAAAAAUAAAUCAGUCAUUGUUAAAUGAACUGAUGUCGACAAAUUAGAUCUUAUUGUAAAGUGUUUCCUGUAAUAUUCUGUACGAUCUGUUUUAAAACAGCUUUUCUUGUGAUUUUGUGGUGAAAUACGAGCAGCAGGUUUAUCGAUUGAUGUUUAAUAAUCACCUAUGAGUCUUUUUUAGUUAUUUUAUGUUAGUAGUGUAAUAUUGCAUUUACUCUGAUUGAACUGAGAAUUUCACUGUAUUUCAUUUGGCUGUUGUUGUUACUUUUGUCUGUUUUGUGUCAUUUUGUAUCAUCUUAAUAAAAUAAUUUUUUCUUCAA